AUGGCACAGUCAGUGCUGGUACCACCAGGACCUGACAGCUUCCGCUUCUUUACCAGGGAAUCCCUUGCUGCUAUUGAACAGCGCAUUGCAGAAGAGAAAGCUAAGAGACCCAAACAAGAGCGUAAGGAUGAGGAUGAUGAAAAUGGCCCAAAGCCAAAUAGUGACUUGGAAGCAGGGAAAUCUCUCCCAUUUAUUUAUGGAGACAUUCCUCCAGAGAUGGUGUCAGAGCCCUUGGAGGACCUGGACCCAUACUAUAUCAAUAAGAAAACAUUUAUAGUAUUGAAUAAAGGGAAAGCAAUCUCGCGAUUCAGUGCCACCCCUGCCCUGUACAUUUUAACUCCCUUCAACCCUAUUAGAAAAUUAGCUAUUAAGAUUUUGGUACAUUCUUUAUUCAAUGUGCUCAUUAUGUGCACUAUUCUCACCAACUGUGUAUUUAUGACCAUGAGUAACCCUCCAGACUGGACAAAAAAUGUGGAGUACACCUUUACAGGAAUUUAUACUUUUGAAUCACUUAUAAAAAUACUUGCAAGGGGCUUUUGUUUAGAAGAUUUCACAUUCCUGCGGGAUCCAUGGAAUUGGUUGGAUUUCACAGUCAUUACAUUUGCAUAUGUGACAGAGUUUGUGGACCUGGGCAAUGUCUCAGCGUUGAGAACAUUCAGAGUUCUCCGAGCACUGAAAACAAUUUCAGUCAUUCCAGGCCUGAAGACCAUUGUGGGGGCCCUGAUCCAGUCGGUGAAGAAGCUCUCUGAUGUAAUGAUUCUGACUGUGUUCUGUCUGAGCGUGUUUGCACUAAUAGGACUACAGCUGUUUAUGGGCAACCUGCGGAAUAAAUGUUUGCAAUGGCCCCCUGAUAAUUCUUCCUUUGAAAUAAACAUCACUUCCUUCUUUAAUAACUCAUUGGAUGGGAACGGUACCACUUUCAAUAGGACAGUGAGCAUGUUUAACUGGGAUGAAUAUAUUGAGGAUAAAAGUCACUUUUAUUUUUUGGAAGGGCAAAAUGAUGCUCUGCUUUGUGGCAACAGCUCAGAUGCAGGCCAGUGUCCAGAAGGAUACAUCUGUGUGAAGGCUGGUAGAAACCCCAACUAUGGAUACACAAGCUUUGAUACCUUUAGUUGGGCUUUCUUGUCCUUAUUUCGUCUCAUGACUCAAGACUUCUGGGAAAACCUUUACCAACUGACACUACGUGCUGCUGGGAAAACAUAUAUGAUAUUUUUUGUGCUGGUAAUUUUCUUGGGCUCAUUCUACCUUAUAAAUUUAAUCCUGGCUGUGGUGGCCAUGGCCUAUGAGGAACAAAAUCAGGCAACUCUUGAGGAAGCGGAACAGAAAGAAGCUGAAUUUCAACAGAUGCUUGAACAGUUAAAAAAGCAACAAGAAGAAGCUCAGGCAGCGGCUGCAGCCGCAUCUGCUGAAUCAAGAGAGUUCAGUGGUGCCGGCGGGAUAGGAGUUUUCUCAGAGAGUUCUUCAGUAGCAUCAAAGUUGAGCUCCAAGAGUGAAAAAGAGCUGAAAAACAGAAGGAAGAAAAAGAAGCAGAAAGAGCAGUCUGGAGAAGAAGAGAAGGAAGACGCGGUCCGCAAAUCCGAAUCAGAAGACAGCAUAAGAAGAAAAGGUUUCCGUUUUUCCUUAGAAGGAAGCAGGUUGACAUAUGAAAAGAGGUUCUCCUCUCCACAUCAGUCUUUACUGAGCAUCCGUGGCUCCCUUUUCUCUCCAAGACGCAACAGUAGGGCGAGUCUUUUCAGUUUCAGAGGUCGAACAAAGGAUAUUGGCUCUGAGAAUGACUUUGCCGAUGAUGAGCACAGCACCUUUGAAGACAAUGACAGCCGGAGAGACUCUCUGUUUGUGCCACACAGACAUGGAGAGCGACGUCACAGCAACGUCAGCCAGGCUAGCCGCGCCUCCAGGGUACUCCCCAUUCUGCCCGUGAAUGGAAAGAUGCACAGUGCGGUGGAUUGUAAUGGAGUAGUCUCGCUGGUCGGGGGCCCUUCUGCCCUCACCUCUCCCGCCGGACAGCUCCUUCCCGAGGGCACAACUACUGAAACAGAACUAAGAAAGAGACGGUCCAGUUCUUAUCAUGUUUCCAUGGAUUUGCUGGAAGAUCCUACAGCAAGGCAGAGAGCAAUGAGUCUAGCCAGUAUUUUGACCAACACCAUGGAAGAACUUGAAGAAUCCAGACAGAAAUGCCCACCCUGCUGGUACAAAUUUGCUAACAUGUGUUUGAUAUGGGACUGCUGUAAACCAUGGUUAAAGGUGAAACAUCUCGUCAACCUGGUUGUGAUGGACCCGUUUGUUGAUCUGGCCAUCACCAUCUGCAUUGUCUUAAAUACACUCUUUAUGGCCAUGGAGCACUAUCCUAUGACAGAGCAAUUCAGCAGUGUGCUGUCAGUCGGGAACCUGGUCUUCACUGGGAUCUUCACAGCAGAAAUGUUUCUCAAGAUAAUAGCCAUGGAUCCAUAUUAUUACUUUCAAGAAGGCUGGAAUAUUUUUGAUGGUUUAAUCGUGAGCCUUAGUUUGAUGGAACUUGGUUUGGCAAAUGUCGAAGGAUUGUCAGUUCUCCGAUCAUUUCGGCUGCUCCGAGUUUUCAAAUUGGCAAAAUCCUGGCCCACCCUGAAUAUGCUGAUAAAGAUCAUUGGCAACUCAGUAGGGGCUCUUGGUAACCUCACCUUGGUGCUGGCCAUCAUCGUCUUCAUUUUUGCCGUGGUCGGCAUGCAGCUCUUUGGUAAGAGCUACAAAGAAUGUGUCUGCAAGAUCUCCAAUGAUUGUGAGCUUCCACGCUGGCACAUGCAUGACUUCUUCCACUCCUUCCUGAUUGUGUUCCGUGUGCUGUGUGGAGAGUGGAUAGAGACCAUGUGGGACUGUAUGGAGGUUGCUGGCCAAACCAUGUGCCUUACUGUCUUCAUGAUGGUCAUGGUCAUUGGAAACCUGGUGGUUCUGAACCUCUUCCUGGCCUUGCUCCUGAGUUCAUUCAGUUCCGACAACCUCGCCGCCACUGACGAUGAUAAUGAAAUGAACAAUCUCCAGAUUGCCGUGGGAAGAAUGCAGAAGGGAAUCGAUUAUGUUAAAAGAAAACUACGUGAAUUUAUUCAGAAAGCCUUUGUUAGAAAGCAGAAAGCCUUAGAUGAAAUUAAACCUCUUGAAGAUCUGAAUAACAAAAAAGACAGCUGUAUUUCCAACCACACCACUAUAGAAAUAGGCAAAGAUCUCAAUUAUCUCAAAGAUGGGAAUGGGACCACCAGUGGCAUAGGCAGCAGUGUGGAAAAAUACGUUGUGGAUGAAAGCGAUUACAUGUCAUUCAUCAACAACCCCAGCCUCACUGUGACUGUACCAAUUGCUGUCGGAGAGUCUGACUUUGAAAAUUUAAACACUGAAGAAUUUAGCAGCGAGUCAGAUAUGGAGGAAAGCAAAGAGAAGCUAAAUGCAACUAGUUCAUCUGAAGGCAGCACAGUUGACAUAGGAGCUCCCGCUGAGGGAGAGCAACCUGAGGUAGAACCUGAAGAAUCCCUUGAACCUGAAGCCUGUUUCACGGAAGACUGUGUGCGGAAGUUCAAGUGUUGUCAGAUAAGCAUAGAAGAAGGCAAAGGGAAACUCUGGUGGAACUUGAGAAAAACCUGCUAUAAGAUAGUGGAGCACAACUGGUUUGAAACCUUCAUCGUCUUCAUGAUUCUACUCAGCAGUGGGGCGCUGGCCUUUGAAGAUAUAUAUAUUGAGCAGCGAAAAACCAUUAAGACCAUGUUAGAAUAUGCUGACAAAGUUUUCACUUACAUAUUCAUCCUGGAAAUGCUUCUCAAGUGGGUCGCAUACGGUUUUCAGAUGUACUUCACCAAUGCCUGGUGCUGGCUGGAUUUCCUGAUUGUUGACGUGUCAUUGGUUAGCUUGACUGCAAAUGCCUUGGGUUACUCAGAACUUGGUGCCAUCAAAUCCCUCAGAACACUAAGAGCUCUGAGGCCACUGAGAGCCUUAUCCCGGUUUGAAGGAAUGAGGGUUGUGGUCAAUGCUCUUUUAGGAGCCAUUCCAUCCAUAAUGAAUGUACUUCUGGUUUGUCUGAUCUUUUGGCUAAUAUUCAGUAUCAUGGGAGUAAAUCUCUUUGCUGGCAAGUUUUAUCAUUGUAUUAACUACACCACUGGAGAAAUGUUCGAUGUAAGUGUGGUCAACAACUACAGCGAAUGUAAAGCCCUCAUAGAGAGCAAUCAAACUGCCAGGUGGAAAAAUGUGAAAGUAAACUUUGAUAAUGUAGGACUUGGAUAUCUUUCUCUGCUUCAAGUAGCCACAUUUAAGGGAUGGAUGGAUAUCAUGUAUGCAGCUGUUGAUUCACGAAAUGUAGAAUUACAACCCAAGUAUGAAGACAAUCUGUACAUGUACCUUUAUUUUGUCAUCUUUAUUAUUUUUGGUUCAUUCUUUACCCUGAAUCUAUUCAUUGGUGUCAUCAUAGAUAACUUCAACCAACAGAAAAAGAAGUUUGGAGGUCAAGACAUUUUUAUGACAGAAGAGCAGAAGAAAUACUACAAUGCAAUGAAAAAACUGGGCUCAAAGAAACCACAAAAACCCAUCCCUCGACCUGCUAACAAAUUCCAAGGAAUGGUCUUUGAUUUUGUAACCAAACAAGUCUUUGAUAUCAGUAUCAUGAUCCUCAUCUGCCUCAACAUGGUCACCAUGAUGGUGGAAACUGAUGACCAGAGUCAGGAGAUGACAAACAUUCUGUACUGGAUUAAUCUGGUGUUUAUUGUUCUAUUCACUGGAGAGUGUGUGCUGAAACUAAUCUCUCUUCGUUACUACUAUUUCACCAUUGGAUGGAAUAUUUUUGAUUUUGUGGUGGUCAUUCUCUCUAUUGUAGGCAUGUUUCUGGCUGAGCUGAUAGAAAAAUACUUUGUGUCCCCUACCCUGUUCCGAGUGAUCCGGCUCGCCAGGAUUGGUCGAAUCUUGCGUCUGAUCAAAGGGGCCAAGGGAAUCCGCACGCUGCUCUUUGCUCUGAUGAUGUCCCUUCCUGCCUUGUUUAACAUCGGCCUCCUGCUCUUCCUGGUCAUGUUCAUCUACGCCAUCUUUGGAAUGUCCAACUUUGCCUAUGUCAAGAGGGAAGUUGGAAUUGAUGACAUGUUCAACUUUGAGACCUUCGGCAACAGCAUGAUCUGCCUGUUCCAAAUUACCACCUCUGCUGGCUGGGACGGAUUGCUAGCACCUAUUCUUAAUAGUGGACCUCCAGACUGUGACCCUGAGAAAGAUCACCCUGGAAGCUCAGUUAAGGGAGACUGCGGGAACCCAUCUGUCGGGAUUUUCUUUUUUGUCAGUUACAUCAUCAUAUCAUUUCUGGUUGUGGUGAACAUGUACAUCGCUGUCAUCCUGGAGAACUUCAGUGUUGCUACUGAAGAAAGUGCCGAGCCCCUGAGUGAGGAUGACUUUGAGAUGUUCUACGAGGUUUGGGAAAAGUUUGAUCCCGACGCCACCCAGUUUAUAGAGUUCGCCAAGCUCUCUGAUUUUGCAGCUGCCCUGGAUCCUCCUCUUCUCAUAGCCAAACCAAACAAAGUCCAGCUCAUCGCCAUGGACCUGCCCAUGGUCAGUGGGGACCGGAUCCACUGCCUCGACAUUUUAUUUGCCUUUACAAAGCGUGUUUUGGGUGAGAGUGGAGAGAUGGAUGCCCUUCGAAUACAGAUGGAAGAGCGAUUCAUGGCAUCGAACCCCUCCAAAGUCUCCUAUGAGCCCAUCACAAGCACUCUGAAGCGCAAACAAGAGGAGGUGUCUGCUAUUGUUAUCCAGAGGGCUUAUAGACGCUACCUCUUGAAGCAAAAAGUUAAAAAGGUUUCAUGUAUCUAUAAGAAAGACAAAGGCAAAGAAGGUGACGGAACACCUAUCAAAGAAGAUAUCCUCAUUGACAAACUAAAUGAGAAUUCAACUCCAGAGAAAACUGACAUGACGCCUUCCACCACCUCUCCACCUUCCUAUGACAGUGUGACCAAACCAGAAAAAGAAAAAUUUGAAAAAGACAAAUCAGAAAAGGAAGACAAAGGGAAAGAUAUCAGGGAAAGUAAAAAGUAA